UUUAUAUAUAUGAAAAAAAGGACAAAAGAAUGGUGAAUUUUCAUCUGGGAUUUUUUGCAUUAACCACCUUCAUUGUUUUGGUUUGUGGGGCUUCGAAAAACCUUCCGAUUCUUUCAUUUGAUGAAGGGUACUCUCAGCUUUUUGGUGAUGAUAAUCUUAUGGUCGUUAAAGAUGGAAAAUCAGUUCAUCUUACUUUAGAUGAAAGAACAGGUUCUGGAUUUGUGUCACAAGACAUUUAUUCACAGGGAUUCUUCAGUGCUUCUAUUAAGCUUCCAGCAGAUUACACGGCUGGCGUUGUUGUAGCAUUUUAUAUGUCAAAUGGUGACAUGUUUCAAAAGAACCAUGAUGAGGUGGAUUUUGAGUUCUUGGGGAACAUAAGGGGUAAAGACUGGAGGAUGCAGACAAAUAUUUAUGGAAAUGGUAGCACAAACGCUGGCAGAGAAGAAAGAUAUGGGCUUUGGUUUGAUCCUUCGGAAGAUUUCCAUCAGUACAGUAUCCUCUGGACUGAGAAUCAGAUUAUCUUUUAUGUUGAUAAUGUCCCCAUAAGAGAGUUCAAAAGGACAGCAACAAUGGGUGGGGACUUCCCUUCCAAGCCUAUGUCAUUGUAUGCAACAAUAUGGGAUGGUUCCGAUUGGGCUACAAAUGGAGGAAAAUUCAGAAUCAAUUACAAAUAUGCCCCAUACAUUGCAAAAUUCUCCGACCUCGUGCUCCAUGGCUGUGCAGUUGAUCCUACUGAGCAGGCAACAAAGUGUGACAUUGCUCCAAAACAUGAUUCAAUCCCUACUGGUAUCACACCUGAACAAAGAAUUAGAAUGCAGAACUUCAGGAAGAAGCAUAUGCAAUACUCAUACUGCUACGACCGUGCUCGAUAUACGGUCCCUCCAGCUGAAUGUGUCCUAGAUGCUAAGGAAGCCGAGGGCCUCCGUGCAUUCGACCCCGUUACUUUCCAAGGAGUUCACCGUCACCGGGGUAAGCGGCACCACCGGAGCAGAUCAUCAUCAUCAAGUCAGGGAGAGGCAUCCUCUACAUAAGAAUGAAUGUGUUGUGGAUGUUGUUAUAUCCUACAUUUGUACUGUCACACCUUUUCUGAGUCUUGAUUAAUGUUCUUUCCCUGUGCAUACCACCCCAAGAAACCAAAAAAAAAAAAAAG